AUGUGUUCAACUGUGUUGCUUUGUGCUGCUGUACGUAUAUCCUCGUUCACGCCCCAGCAGAUCGAGUCCGCAGUUGACGCCGUCACAAUUGAUGAGACCAAACGCGUCACUCAGAAAUACCUGUGCAAUACCUGUGGGGCAUAUUUUCCCGAUAAUGUAAUUGACUCGGCUUCUCCUCAGUUCGCCCUCGCCGCGGUUGGAAGUAUCGAUGGCCUUCUUGACUGCAACCGUCUCCGUGCGGACAUGUCGUCCAUGAUGCAUGAUGUACUAGAGGGCUUCCCGUUGGCCCCAUUCUUUUAG